AUGCUUUCCGUGAAGAAGAGCUCUUCGGUCAGAGCAAAGAAACAACGGAAAGAUCCGCCUAAUCUGAUGGAUGAAAAAAUUCUUUACGACAACGAAAGACCCGACCCAAUCAUGAGAUCGCACCGGCAGCAAGAAGUGAACUUCGAUGAAAUCGACGAAGGACUUAUGGCGCCUCCUUCACCCUCGCCGGCUCCUCCUCAGUUAUCGGGAGGCUUGAACGAGAUACAAGAAGAGGACAGCGAAUGCUCAGAGCGUAGGGAGCAUUCCCCGAGGAUCGUGUCCGAUCUCUUGGGCCCAUCGCCGCCGCCCCCACCACCGACUCUGAAUGGGCAUUCGAUCAAUGGGGGUUCCUCUAUGAAAAGUCUGGACGAGCAGUCGUGUAGCUCCUCAUGCGACACGUCCCAAGCCGAGGAGAACGUGGCUCGGGUCAUCGGAAGUCUCCCAAUCACGCAAUACAUGGGCUCGCCGAGGAAAUUAGGUCGUAAGGGUCUCGGCUUGCCCGGCUAUCCGCAGCGUGUACGCGUGGAGAAGGAGAAGAAGGAUGAACUCGGGGAUCCGAACGUCGAGUUUCACGCCGAGGAAUAUGAGCUCAAGAAAGAAGAAGAAGCGGUGCAUCUGCUCAGCGAACUCUUGAACGGGAGCGCGAAAGACGAAGAGGACGGGGAUCCGAACGAAUUCAAUGAUCUCGAAUACAGAUUAUCGUAUCGACCGAUCGCGGUCCAAGAGGAUCGCUCCGAGAAAACCGAAAAGAAUUCCUGUGGGAAUCAGAGAUCGUCUGCUGUUUCGAAGGACGAGCAGCCAGCGAAGGCUUUGCAAAAAUCGACGUCGAUUCCAGCUUCAGUGAAAAUCAAUGGAGGGACCACGGCGUCUCAAGACGAGCCCGUGUAUGCAUCAGUGAGGAAAGUCAGCGACAAGGCGUCUCCUUUGGAAUCUUCUGAGACUACGAGCAAUAAGGAGAUGGUGAUGCUCCACGAGAGGGUACAGCAGCAUUCGCUACAGGUGGACAUGGUUGGAGAACUUGACGAUUUCCUUGGCAUGGACACUUCGAUGCGGAAUCUAACUGUGUCCCCAUCUGUCUCGAACACAGACGACUGUGAGACAGUCGAUUCGGACUGCACUGAGGAUCCAGAUGAGCUUUUGUCGAUGGCAAACUCAGGUGGCUCUCGGCUUAUGCCCGUAUUAGAAGAUGGAUUGUCUUCGGGGCAUGCUAGCGAAAACGAGGAUGAAGAUACAGAAUUGAUGCCUUCCUCAGCUCCUCUGCUUAUGGCUGGACACAAAGGUCCGGUAUCAGAUGCCAUCCGUGAGAUUAAGCAGGCGAUGCAACAUUCGAAGGCACAACAGCUGCAAAACAAAAAGUCGACCGGUGAUAGUGGUUGCGUUAGUCCAACCGAAAAAAGUCAAAAAGACUUCCGGGACAGAUCCUCGUCGCAUCAGCAGCAACAACAACAUUCGCAACCGGUUUGGGGUCAAAGGUUGAAUAGCUCUGGGCAGACCGGGAACAACAGCACGGGCACCAAUGACUCGACUCAACAGGAAGAUGACUGCGACACCGAUCAGGAGACGGACCGACUUCUAGGAGAGCAGAGAUCAGAGGACAACGGCUUCUACGACGAGAAAAGUCAAUCUUCUACGGGGAAUGUUUCGUCUAACGGCAAGCAGAAGAAGGUUAAUAGCAAUUCAAACAGCAGUGCCAAUUCGUCGAACACCACGUCCAAGGAAGUGCUCAUUGAGGGAGUUUUAUUUCGCGCACGGUACCUUGGCUCUACUCAGCUGGUCUGUGAAGGUCAGCCUACGAAGGCAACGCGUAUGAUGCAGGCCGAAGAAGCCGUCGCUAGAAUUAAGUCACUGGCGCCGGAAGGAGAAACUCAGCCAUCGACGGAAGUAGAUCUAUUUAUUUCCACGGAGAAGAUCAUGGUGUUGAACACCGAUCUGAAGGAGAUCAUGAUGGACCAUACGCUCCGAACCAUUUCGUACAUCGCCGAUAUCGGAGACCUCGUUGUUCUCAUGGCACGUCGGAGGCCAGACCUUCCGGGAACGUCUCCUCCGCCGCACUGUUCUUCCCAACAGUUGGACCUGAAGAAAAAACCUAGAAUGAUCUGCCAUGUCUUCGAGAGUGACGAAGCUCAAUUCAUCGCUCAGAGCAUAGGCCAGGCAUUCCAGGUCGCGUACAUGGAGUUCCUGAAAGCAAAUGGAAUCGAAGACUCGUCCUUCAUCAAGGAGAUGGACUAUCAGGAGGUGCUGAAUUCGCAAGAGAUAUUCGGCAACGAGUUGGAGAUGUUUGCGAAGAAGGAUCGCCAGAAGGAGGUUGUCGUUCCCAAGCAGAAGGGGGAAAUUUUGGGCAUGGUGAUCGUCGAGAGCGGCUGGGGCUCGAUGUUGCCAACCGUCGUUAUAGCCAAUAUGUCGGGGAAUGGCCCAGCCGCGCGUUGUGGAAAGCUCAACAUCGGCGAUCAAAUCAUCGCCAUAAACGGGACUUCCCUUGUUGGCUUGCCUCUGCCCACCUGCCAGACCUACAUCAAGAAUACGAAGCAGCAGACCGUUGUCAAGCUGACCGUAGUGCCUUGCGCGCCAGUAGUCGAGGUGAAGAUUAAGCGGCCCGAUACGAAAUACCAGUUGGGAUUUUCGGUUCAAAAUGGCGUCAUCUGUUCCCUACUCCGUGGAGGUAUCGCCGAGCGUGGGGGUGUUCGCGUAGGACACCGAAUAAUUGAGAUCAACGGCCAGAGCGUUGUGGCUGUUCCUCACGAGAAAAUUGUUAACCUUCUUGCUACUUCUGUUGGCGAGAUUCAUAUGAAGACGAUGCCGACCUCGAUGUUCCGCCUCCUCACCGGUCAGGAGGCUCCAGUCUAUAUUUAAUAUGGUGUCGAUGGUCGACACCGAGUCCCGAAUCAAUGGAUCUAGUCAGCACUAACAGAUUGAGAAGACUGUCUCGACAACGGAGAUGCCGGCUCGCCGCAUCUCU